GCAAAACAGCGACAACAGGAGCUGUUUUCCAAUCGCGAGAUGAAGUCUAUUCAGUAAAGCUUCUUACACUACGCUGCAGACACCGGGACACAGGAGGUAGAGAUUUUGUCACAAAAUGUAUGCUGUCUACAGACAGGCUCACCCUCCAACAGGGAUAGAAUUCUCCAUCUACUGUAACUUCUUUUCCAGCGAAGAACGCAACCUGGUGGUGGCAGGUACUUCUCAACUCUAUGUGUAUAGACUUCUAAGAAAUGUAGAGAGUUCUGCGAAGGGGGAGAAAGCUUCAGUGAGAAUUCCAAAAAGGCAACAAGGGCAGUUGUGCUGUGAUCUGAGCAAAAGCUGUGUUGGGAAGAGGUUAAUAGAUGUUCUUGGACUAAGUACUCUCUCUGUAGUAGAAUAUGAUCCUGGGACUAAUGACCUGAAGACCAUCUCUCUCCAUUACUUUGAGGAACCAGAGCUAAGGGAUGGCUUUGUUCAGAAUGUUCACAUCCCCGAAGUACGAGUGGAUCCUGAUGGACGCUGUGCUGUUAUGUUGAUCUAUGGGACUCGCCUUGUGGUGUUGCCCUUUCGGAGGGAUACAUUAACUGAGGAACAUGAAGGUGUUGUGGGAGAGGGGCAGAAAUCAAGCUUUCUUCCAAGUUACAUAAUUGACAUUCGUGAACUGGAUGAAAAGCUGUUGAACAUCAUUGACAUGCAGUUUCUUCAUGGUUAUUAUGAGCCAACCUUGCUGAUGUUGUAUGAACCCAACCAAACUUGGACAGGUCGUGUGGCAGUUCGUCAGGACACAUGCAGCAUUGUGGCCAUCUCUUUAAACAUCAUGCAGCGAGUUCAUCCUGUAAUCUGGUCUCUUAGUAACUUGCCAUUUGACUGUACUCAGGCAUUGGCUGUACCCAAACCAAUAGGUGGUGUGGUGAUAUUUGCUGUUAACUCCCUGGUAUAUUUGAACCAGAGUGUACCACCUUAUGGAGUGUCCCUUAACAGUAUGACCAACGGAACAACAUCCUUCCCUUUACGUGUCCAGGAAGGUGUGAAGUUCACACUAGAUUGUGCUCAAGCUGCAGUCAUCUCUUACGACAAAAUGGUGAUCUCACUAAAAGGUGGAGAAAUUUACGUGCUUACACUUGUCACAGAUGGAAUGCGGAGUGUCCGAGCCUUUCACUUCGACAAAGCUGCUGCCAGUGUACUCACUACUUGUAUGACCAUAAUGGACCCAGGGUAUCUCUUCCUAGGUUCUCGUCUUGGGAACUCAUUGCUUCUCAAAUACACAGAAAAGCUGCAGGAGGCACCAAUGAAUGUGAGCAGAGAUCACGAGAAGCAGGAGGAACCCCCAAACAAGAAAAAACGUGUUGAAGCAUCACUGAACUGGGGCGGUGGAAAUGCAGCAUUGCCAGAUGAAGUUGAUGAAAUUGAAGUGUAUGGUAGCGAAGCCCAGUCUGGUACCCAACUGGCCACUUAUUCCUUUGAGGUGUGUGACAGUAUUCUAAAUAUUGGCCCGUGUGUGAGCACUUCAAUGGGGGAACCAGCAUUUCUUUCAGAAGAGUUUCAAAAUAGUCUGGAACCAGACUUGGAGAUAGUGGUAUGCUCUGGCUACGGGAAGAAUGGUGCCCUUUCAGUUUUACAGAGAAGCAUACGCCCACAGGUGGUCACAACAUUUGAACUUCCUGGAUGUUAUGACAUGUGGACAGUUAUCUCAUCUGAGAAGAAAAUAGAGGAAGACAGUGUUGAAGGAGAUACUGGUGACAAAGAACAAAAUAAAUCUGAUCAGGAGGAAGAUGGUAAAAGGCAUGGCUUUCUGAUCCUUAGCCGAGAAGACACAACAAUGAUCCUCCAGACAGGGCAAGAAAUUAUGGAAUUGGACACCAGUGGAUUUGCCACUCAGGGUCCCACAGUCUUUGCUGGAAAUAUUGGGGACAAUAAGUAUAUCGUCCAGGUAUCCCCACUUGCAAUCCGAUUGCUUGAAGGAGUUAACCAGGUGCAUUUCAUUCCUGUGGAUAUGGGCUCGCCCAUCAUACAUUGUUCUAUGGCAGAUCCUUAUGUAGUAGUCAUGAGUGCAGAGGGGCAGGUGACCAUGUUUGUUUUGAAGAGCGAUUCAUACGGAGGGAAAGCAAACAGAUUAACCCUUCAGAAACCUCAAAUUCACAUGCUAUCCAAAGUAAUCACACUGUGUGCAUUCCGUGAUGUCUCCGGAAUGUUCUCAACUGACAGUAAAAACUCUAUGUCAAAGAAUGAUCUGUCCUCCCGAAGCAUGGAGGCAGAUGGCAGCAUACAGGAUUUAAGCACUACAGUUGAUGAUGAGGAGGAAAUGUUGUAUGGUGAUAACAGUUCACUAUUCACUCCUAACAAGGAACAAGGCAGUGCAAACCACAGCAUGACUGGCCUUACAGUAGCAGACAGACAGAGUCCACAUUAUGGCGUUGAGCCUACUCACUGGUGUAUGCUUGUCCGAGAGAACGGAGUCAUGGAGAUUUACCAAUUGCCCGACUGGCACUUAGUGUUCCUCAACAAGAAUUUUCCCAUGGGCCAACGUGUGCUAGUGGACAGUUCUUUUGGACAGCAGACCACACAAGAAGGUGGUAAGAAAGAAGAAGUUACACGUCAAGGGGAGAUGCCACUAGUAAAGGAAGUCCUAUUGGUUGGUCUUGGCCAUCGUAGAUCCAGGCCAUAUCUUCUGGUUCAUGUUGACCAAGAGCUCCUUAUCUAUGAAGCCUUUUCCUAUGAUUCGCAGUCAGGCUGGAGUAACUUACAAGUUCGUUUCAAGAAGGUUGCCCACAAUAUAAAUUUCAAAGAGAAAAAGGUGAAACAGUCAAAAAAGAAAAGUGAUACUGCACUUGGAGAAGAGUCUGGCUCUACCCGAGCCAGAGUUGCUCGAUUCCGCUACUUUGAAGACAUUUCUGGUUAUUCAGGGGUCUUCAUAUGUGGUCCUUGUCCCCACUGGCUGCUUAUCACUUCUCGUGGAGCUUUACGUCUGCAUCCAAUGACUAUUGAUGGACCAAUUGAGUCAUUUGCUCCAUUUCAUAAUGUUAACUGUCCCAAAGGUUUCCUGUAUUUUAACCGACAGGGUGAACUACGGAUUAGUGUGCUACCUGCCUACCUUUCUUAUGAUGCUCCAUGGCCUGUAAGGAAGAUUCCUCUUAGAUGUACAGUCCAUUAUGUAUCAUACCAUGUGGAGUCAAAGGUUUAUGCUAUAACUACAAGUGUAAAUGACAUUUGUACCAAAAUUCCAAGGAUGACUGGAGAAGAGAAGGAAUUUGAGACCAUUGAGCGUGAUGAAAGGUAUAUUCAUCCAGUGCAAGAAAAAUUUUCUAUUCAGCUCAUAUCUCCUGUCAGCUGGGAAAUCAUCCCAAAUACAAGAAUAGACUUGGAAGAUUGGGAACAUGUAACCUGUAUGAAGACUGUAUCACUGAAGAGCCAGGAGACGGUUUCUGGGCUUAAAGGUUACGUUGCUGCCGGAACAUGCAUACUUCAUGGAGAAGAGGUCACUUGUCGAGGCCGGAUCCUAAUAAUGGAUAUUAUUGAAGUUGUGCCAGAGCCAGGGCAACCUCUUACAAAAAACAAGUUUAAGGUGCUUUAUGAGAAGGAGCAGAAAGGGCCAGUAACAGCUCUGUGUCACUGUAAUGGCUACCUAGUAUCAGCAAUAGGACAGAAGAUUUUUCUCUGGAGUUUGAAAGACAAUGACCUAACAGGAAUGGCCUUUAUUGACACCCAGCUCUACAUUCAUCAGAUGAUUAGCAUUAAAAAUUUCAUCCUGGCUGCAGAUGUCAUGAAGAGUAUUUCUUUACUGCGCUACCAGGAGGAUAGCAAAACGCUAUCCCUUGUUAGCAGAGAUGCCAAACCUCUGGAGGUCUAUAGUGUGGAGUUUAUGGUGGACAACUCCCAACUGGGAUUUCUAGUAUCUGAUCGAGACAAGAACCUCAUUGUUUACAUGUACUUGCCAGAAGCAAAGGAGAGUUUUGGUGGAAUGCGACUUCUUCGUAGAGAAGAUUUCAAUGUUGGUGCACAUGUCAAUGCUCUUUGGAGAACUCCAUGCAGAGGUGCUUUAGAUGGCCCCACUAAGAAAUCGAUAGCUUGGGAGAACAAACAUAUUACUUGGUUUGCCAGUCUGGAUGGAGGGAUGGGCUUGCUGUUGCCAAUGCAAGAGAAAACUUAUAGAAGACUCCUGAUGUUGCAGAAUGCUCUCAAUACAAUGAUAUCUCAUCAUGCAGGCUUAAAUCCCAAAGCCUUCCGAAUGCUACAUGCAGACAGACGUACCCUGCAAAAUGCAGUCCGUAACAUUUUGGAUGGAGAGCUCCUCAACAGGUAUUUAUACCUAAGCACAAUGGAGCGUAGUGAACUGGCAAAGAAAAUAGGGACCACACCUGAUAUGAUCCUGGAUGAUUUGUUAGAAAUUGACAGAGUCACAGCACAUUUUUGAAGACAUUUUUUGAAUUUUUCACAAAGAAGAGAAAGAGAGAAGACAAAUGGUUGAGAUCAUACUGUCUGAAGUGUUGCUUUAAUAAAAUGACUGUUAUUUUGUAUUCAGUAGCAAAAAAAAUGCUAAUUGGAUGUACAUUUUUUUGAAAGGCAUUUUAGAAAUAUUUUGCAUUUGUAAAAAUAUUUUCCUCUGAGUAUCAUAUUUUGUAUAAGAAAUUUUUGUAUAAAAAUUAUGAAAAAAAUUCAUGUUUCUCUACUUCAUUUAUCUUGUUAUUUAAGGGUGGCAGUAAUAAGCUGCCUUGUGAUAUUUUGUAUAAAACUGUUUCAUUUACUUAAAGGAAGAUUCUGCCUUCAUCAGUAUUAAAAGUCAGCCUGAGUAUUCUUUCUCAUUAGUAUCUUAGAAAACAUGGCAACUGCUUGGUGACCACUUUCUUUUAUUUCAGUACUGUGGAAAAAGGAAGACUCUCCCAAUGUUUUUAAUUUUCCUUUUCAGAGGCAUUUGUCUGCUCCUGCUUGCCAUACCUUAGACAUAGUCCAGUUGGUAGUUUUUAGGUUAGCUACUCUCCACAAUGUGACAUAGGCAAUAUCUUGUCUUACUGAAAUCAGCAGGUGCUAUUAAAAAUAAAUGUAAGUGUGCAGCUUGUUGUGGAGUAGGUUGCCUGAGUGUCUUUAUCCUGUUGGAAUGGAAACAUUACCGGGAUAUAUAUAGUUAAGUAAAACUCCAGCCAGACGGGUGUAUAUUAUAAACCCGAAAGACGUAAACAUCGAA